AUGCGCACAAAAGGUAUUAAACAACGGAACCAAUCUGAGCCCCUUCUUGAAGCCAAAGAAGAUGACGACGACAAGGUUUCCCGUAAAGAGGCAAUUACGGCCAAAGACCAUCCCUUCCUCGAGCCGGUCGACGAAGCAGCUUGCACAGGAGAAGAUGACAACCAGGAAGAGGCUUGGGGAGCAGGGAAAGCUGAGACUUGUGCCAAAGGUCAUUUGACGGGUGGUCGACGUGAGACGCUAGAAUUCUUUACACAAUUCCAGGGAAGUUGGCCGGGUAGACUGGCCAUGUUGCCGGCCUUUCACCUUGGUCGCCUUAUCACAGCUAUCAAAUGUAGCUUCCAUCUGAAACAAGGCAGAGUUAAGAGAUUCGAAGGUCGGUUAUACCAGAAAGCGACGGCGGAUUCCUCUUCACCAGCUGCCGAUUGGUUUUACUGGAAGAUGCAUGCUGACGCUGUUUCCGAGUUAAUCUCCUUCGAUUCCGGUAAAAAGGUGCUAAGCUUUCGUCCAUCAUAUUGCGGACAUCAUCAGAGCGAGGUUUCAUGGUCACAAAAAGUUCAAGUUAACGAGUCAAGAGGAACGCAUCUAGUCCGGAGUCCGUUGUAUGCAUGUCGAGACUAUGACUUGCCAUGCCCUAGUAUCUUGUGUGUCAACCCACAAUGUUGA